UGCUGAAGAGCACAGAUUUGGAGAAUAAUCACCUGGAUUGGAGCCAUAGCUCUACCAGUAUGGAACCCAGCUCCUUAGGCCUCAGUCUUCUCAUGGAGAACAUGGUGUGAUAAUCCUACUCCUCUGGGAGGCUGGCUGUUAAGCCUUGGACCGCAGUUGCCGGCCAGGAAUCCCAGCGUCGCCCUCGCUGCCCUGCCGCCCACCUGCUCACCCAGCUCAGGGGCUUUGGAGGUGCAGGAGAACAGCUCAGUGAUACCAUCUAACUUGUUGACGUUACUUUUAUUUGAAGAAACGUAUAUUGGAGCUUAACUUAGAAAGAAGGAAGAUGGUUCUUUCUGAAGUGGACAUCGUAAAAGCUGAUCCAGCUGCUGCAUCCCACCCUCCAUUACUGAAUGGAGAUGCUGACGUGGCCCAGAAAAGUCCGGGCUCGGUGGCUGAGAACAACCUGUGCAGCCAGUACGAGGAGAAGGUGCGCCCCUGCAUCGACCUCAUCGACUCCCUGCGGGCUCUGGGUGUGGAGCAGGACCUGGCCCUGCCGGCCAUCGCCGUCAUUGGGGACCAGAGCUCGGGCAAGAGCUCUGUGCUGGAGGCACUAUCAGGAGUUGCUCUUCCCAGAGGCAGCGGGAUCGUGACUAGAUGCCCGCUGGUGCUGAAACUGAAGAAACUUGUGAACGAAGACGAGUGGAGAGGGAAGGUCAGUUACCAGGACUACGAGAUUGAGAUUUUGGAUGCUUCAGAGGUAGAAAAGGAAAUUAAUAAAGCCCAGAAUACCAUCGCCGGGGAAGGAAUGGGAAUCAGUCAUGAGCUAAUUACCCUGGAGAUCAGCGCCCGAGAUGUCCCAGAUCUGACUCUAAUAGACCUUCCUGGGAUAACCAGAGUGGCUGUGGGCAAUCAGCCUGCUGACAUUGGGUAUAAGAUCAAGACACUCAUCAGGAAGUACAUCCAGAGGCAGGAGACGAUCAACCUGGUGGUGGUCCCCAGUAAUGUGGACAUCGCCACCACAGAGGCGCUGAGCAUGGCCCAGGAGGUGGACCCCGAGGGAGACAGGACCAUCGGAAUCUUGACGAAGCCUGAUCUGGUGGACAAAGGAACUGAAGACAAGGUUGUGGAUGUGGUGCGGAACCUCGUGUUCCACCUGAAGAAGGGCUACAUGAUCGUCAAGUGCCGCGGCCAGCAGGAGAUCCAGGACCAGCUGAGCCUGUCUGAAGCCCUGCAGAGAGAGAAGAUCUUCUUUGAGGACCACCCACAUUUCAGGGAUCUGCUGGAGGAAGGAAAGGCCACGGUUCCCUGCCUGGCAGAGAAACUUACCAGCGAGCUCAUCGCACACAUCUGUAAAUCUCUGCCGCUGUUAGAAAAUCAAAUCAAGGAGAGUCACCAGGGAAUAACAGAGGAGCUACAAAAGUAUGGUGUCGACAUACCGGAAGAUGACACUGAAAAAAUGUUCUUUCUGAUAGACAAAAUUAAUGCCUUUAAUCAGGACAUCACUGCUCUCAUACAAGGGGAGGAAACUGUAGGGGAAGAAGACAGCCGACUGUUUACCAGACUCCGACGUGAAUUCCACAAAUGGGAUAUCAUAAUUGAAAACAAUUUGCAAGAAGGCCAUAAAAUUACGACUAGAAAAAUGCAGAAAUUUGAAAAUCAGUAUCGUGGUAGAGAGCUGCCAGGCUUUGUGAAUUACAGGACAUUUGAGACAAUCAUAAAACAGCAAAUCAAGGCGCUGGAAGAGCCAGCUGUGAAUAUGCUACACACCGUGACGGAUAUGGUCCGGCUUGCUUUCACAGAUGUUUCAAUGAAAAAUUUUGAAGAACUUUUUAACCUCCACAGAACCGCCAAGUCCAAAAUCGAAGACAUUAGAACAGAACAAGAGAGAGAAAGUGAGAAGCUGAUCCGCCUCCACUUCCAGAUGGAGCAGAUUGUCUACUGCCAGGACCAGGUAUACAGGAGUGCAUUGCAGAAGGUCAGAGAGAAGGAGCUGGAAGAAGAAAAGAAGAAGAAAUCCUGGGAUGUAGGGACUUUCCAGCCCUCCUCGACAGACUCUUCCAUGGAGGAGAUCUUUCAGCACCUGAUGGCCUAUCACCAGGAGGCCAGCAAGCGCAUCUCCAGCCACAUCCCUUUGAUCAUCCAGUUCUUCAUGCUCCAGACAUAUGGCCAGCAGCUUCAGAAGGCCAUGCUGCAGCUCCUGCAGGACAAAGACACCUAUAGCUGGCUCCUGAAGGAGCGGAGCGACACCAGCGACAAGCGGAAGUUCCUGAAGGAGCGGCUUGCACGGCUGACGCAAGCUCGGCGCCGGCUCGCCCAGUUCGCUGGCUAACCAUGCUCUGUCCAGCCCUGUGGACGUGCACUCAGACCGUCUGCCCCUGUUCCCAGGUAACUACUGGACAGACUACUUGAGUGCUCAGUAGUCAGACUUGAUGGUCACAGUCUCUGCUUAUCUAUUAGCCCAUGGCAAUUUAGCAAGAAGCUGUUAGAGCAGUUUGGUUUCCAGCAUGAAGACAAAGCCCCACCCUCAGAUGCACAUGAGCUGGUGGGGAUGAAGGAUGAUGUCUUUGUACUGGGAAAGGGAUUUUCAGCCCUCAGAAUUGCUCCGCUCUUCCCCUUCUCUGUAUUCUUAGGAGCUGACAUGGGCUGAGCAUCACAGAAGUUUAUUUCCUGGUUUUUGUAAUGUCCCUACGCAAACCCAGUGUUUCAGGAGCAUGAGUGCCGUGUGUGUGAGUCCUGUCAGAGCCCUGUCCCCUCUGUUUGUAAGAAACUUAUUUCUAGUGGACA